UCUUUCUAGUUCUGCAAAACCAAUGUGCUUCCGCAUAUUUCGAUACACCCUCCCGAAACCCGAAAAAGAAAAAAGUAUUUAUCUUCUUUUCCUUUCCUUUACAAGACCUCCCCCAUAUGCAUUGAUUUUUCAUUCCUCUUGAAUCCCUCCCUCACACUCUUGCAAAAACAAAUUCCGCCACACAAAUCAUGAAUACCCUUCUUGUCACCAUUUUCUUCUUGGUCAUCCCCAUCUUCUUUCUCAUUACGAGAAGAAGAAAAUCAUCGAAAAGGCUUCCUCCGGGCUCAUUGGGACUACCCAUAAUAGGGCAGAGCCUUGGCUUUCUUCGAGCCAUGCGCAACAACACUGCAGAAAAUUGGCUUGAACAAAGAAUAACCAAGUAUGGUCCGGUUUCAAAGCUGAGUCUCUUUGGCAAGCCAACAGUCUUCAUUCAUGGACAGGGUGCAAACAAGUUUGUAUUCAACAAUGAUGGCAAAACCAUUACCAGCCAACAACCUGAGUCCACUCGAAUGAUUUUAGGUGACCGGAACAUAUUGGAGCUGAGUGGCGAGGAUCACAAGCGAGUUAGAAAUGCUCUUAUGGUGUUCUUGAAGCCUGAGUCACUGAAGCUAUAUGUGGGAAAAAUGGACGAAGAAAUCAGGAAGCAUCUUGAGUUGAAUUGGCAUGGGAAGCAAAAAAUAACAGUCUUGCCUCUCAUGAAGAACCUCACAUUCAACAUUAUAUGCUCACUGCUUUUUGGGGUUGAACGAGGACCUCGCAGAGACGAACUCAUUGAGUGUUUUCAACGAAUGAUAGAAGGACUGUGGUCAGUCCCUCUUAACUUGCCGUUCACGCGUUUCAACUGCAGCAUCAAGGCAAGCAAGAGGGUUCAAAACAUGGUUAAGGAACUAAUUCGUGAAAAGAGGAUGCAACUUGAACAAAAAACUGCUUUACCACUCCAAGACCUUAUCACUUGCUUGCUUAGCAUUCGAAAUGUUGACAACGAAGAAGAAUUAACUGAAAAAGAGAUCUUGCACAAUAUCAUAGUAGUUAUGGCUGCAGGAUAUGACACUUCAUCUGUGGUCAUUACUUUUCUUUUGCGGCUUCUAGCUAAUGAACCUGCUGUUUAUGCAGCCCUUCUUCAAGGUAUGCAGAUUGAUGCUUGUUCAUUUGUGUUUACAGAACAGGAAGAAAUAGCUAGAAGCAAAUCCUUAGGGGAACUUCUGACAUGGGAAGACCUUGCUAAGAUGAAGUACACAUGGAGGGUAACAAUGGAAAUUCUGAGGACAACUCCUCCUGUCUUUGGUGGCAUGAGGAGGGCUAUGAAAGAUAUUGAGUAUGGAGGAUUCCUCAUCCCUCAAGGGUGGCAAAUAUUCUGGGCUAUUCCUAUGACACACAAUGACGAUAGCAUAUUCCCUGACCCAUCAAAGUUCGAUCCAAGUAGGCUCGAGAACCAAAAAUCAGUUCCACCCUACAGCUUUGUUCCAUUCGGAGGAGGAACACGAAUAUGUCCAGGAUAUGAGUUUGCCAGGAUUGAAAUCCUUGUUGCAAUCCAUUAUAUGGUAACUCAAUUCACAUGGAAGCUAUGCGCAGACAACAAGUUCAGUAGGGUUCCCAUGCCAGUACCUACUCAAGGACUACCUAUAGAAAUCAUGCCAAGGAAACAAAUGUAA